CACUUCAUCAUCCGACAGACAGAGACAGAGACAGACAGAGACAGAGACAGACACCUCCCAAAAUUCUCCAAGUUCUUUAAUCACCCAAACAAGUGAAGAUGCCUAAGGAUAGAAGAUCUCCAUCUGUUGAUAGGUGUAGUAGGGUAUCACCGUACUCGCGUAACUACCAAGAUGUUAGAAUGACUAGGCCCAGAACUCCUUCUCUGCCGGUUGGGAACGAGAAUGAAUGGGAAGAAACUAGAUGCCCGAUUUGUAUGGAGCACCCUCACAAUGCUGUGCUUUUGCUUUGUUCUUCUCUUGAGAAAGGAUGUCGUCCAUACAUGUGUAGCACGAAUGACUUUCACUCAAACUGCCUUGCUCAGUUUCGCAAGUCAUCCAUGAAUGCGGACGCUUCACCACAAGUUCACGGAGGAGAAGAAACUAAGCUUGUUUGCCCUCUAUGCAGGGGGGAGAUCAACGGGUGGAAAGUGGUCAACCCUGCUCGCCGAUUUAUGGACUCCAAAGUUAGAAGUUGCUCAUUGGAAACAUGUGAUUUUUCUGGAAACUAUUCACAACUAAAAAAACAUGCUAGGUGUGAACACCCGAAUGUUCGACCAAGAGAUGUAGACCCUGAACGCGAGCUCGAGUGGAGAAGCUUGGAGGAAGAACUGGAGCAACAAGACGUAGUCACUAUACAGUUGGAGUAUGUCGAUGUUGAUGAUAAUGAUGAGGAUGACGACUACGAUAAUGAUGAAUUCAUGGCUGGUGUUGUACCUGACCUCAAUUACCCAAUUGUGUUGGAACAUGAGUUCAGUUCAUUAUUGGACCCUUCAAUGUUAGAUAGUGAUAAUAUUUUCUCUGCAUUCGAGCAUGCCGUUGACAGUAAUCUGUAUUUGGAAGAUAUUUUUUCCUCCGAGCUUUUUGUCUCAGGCCCGGGCUAUACCCAUAACAGGUUGCCAGUAAGUUCAAGAGAGAGUGAACUGACCAAUUUUUAUAACAGGUCAUCAGCAGGGCUAAGAGAGAAUGGCCCGACCUAUUUUCAUAACAGGUUGCCAGAAAGAUCAAGAGUGCAUGGCCCGUUUGAUACUAAUAUCAUGUUGUCAGAAAGACCAAGAGCGUAUGGCCAGACCGAUACUCAUAACAUGUUAUCAGGAAGACCAAGAAGGUAUGGCCCUUCCGAUGGUCAUAACAGGUUUUCAGGAACAAGAGGGUAUGGCCCGAAUACUAGAAGCAACACACAUCACAGGCGCGGGUCAAAUGGCCAACCAAGUUCUCUUAUCUCCAUUCCUGAGGAUCAAUUAUCAACCAUUGUUGUAUUUCAUGAUCUUAGCUCAAACCGGCAUUAGCUUUUAUGUCUGUAUCUUCAGGGUUAUGUGCGGGUUCAGUGAGCUUUAAUGGUACAAUGCAAAUCCGGACAUCUCUAGAUCUGCUCUCUUGUAAUUUGGUACUUUGAUCAUCUGAGUUUUUUCUUUUAGAUUAUUAUUCUUAUGUUCUAUUUUAUUCUUAAUUUAAGGUUUCUUGCUGUCUGGGCAUAUCUGUAUUCUGGUUUACUUUUGGCUGUAGAACUUGUAGUUAGGUCUUGCUUUCUAUUUUCCUUGACCAAUUUUUUUAGCAAUAAAACACACAAUUUACAUUUCA